ACCGCUACCUGACCCACUUCCGUCGCGGUUGUACACGUCACGAAACAUAUCGUAUUUCCGAGUACACAUCCCCGCGUCCCAAAGAAGGAGAGAACAAAUACCCUCAAAAUGGGUUUUGUCAAAGUGGUAAAGAACAAGGCCUACUUCAAGAGGUACCAAGUCAAAUUCAGGAGGAGGAGAGAGGGAAAGACUGAUUUCUUUGCCCGCAAACGUUUGGUCAUCCAAGACAAGAACAAAUACAACACGCCUAAGUACCGCAUGAUCGUCCGCUUCUCCAACAGGGACAUUUGUUGCCAGAUUGCUUAUGCAAAGAUCGAGGGAGACCACAUAGUGGCUGCAGCCUACUCCCAUGAGCUGCCCAAAUAUGGCAUCACCGUCGGCCUGACUAACUAUGCCGCGGCCUACUGCACUGGCCUGCUGCUGGCUCGCCGGCUCCUCAGCAAGUUUGGGCUGGACCAAGUGUACGACGGGCAGGUGGAGGUGACGGGCGACGAGUUCAACGUGGAGAGCGUGGACGGACAGCCGGGGGCCUUCACCUGCUACCUGGAUGCCGGCCUGGCCAGGACCACCACGGGCAACAAGGUGUUCGGAGCGCUGAAGGGGGCGGUGGACGGAGGGCUUGCUAUUCCUCACAGUCUAAAACGGUUCCCUGGUUAUGAUGUGGAGAGCAAAGAGUUCAACGCAGAUUUGCACCGGAAACACAUCAUGGGUAUGAACGUGUCCAACUACAUGACCUACCUGAUGGAGGAGGACGAAGACGCCUACAAGAAGCAGUUCUCCAGGUUCAUCAAGAACGGAGUCGCGCCAGACACAGUAGAAGAAAUGUACAAAAAAGCACACGCCGGCAUCAGAGCAAGUCCAAUUCACGUAAAGAAACCCAAAAAAGACGUCAAGAAGAAGAGGUGGAACCGCGCCAAGUUGUCUCUGGCACAGAGGAAGGACCGCGUCGCCCAGAAAAAGGCCAGCUUCCUUCGAGCGCAAGAACAAGAGGCAGGGGACGGUUAGACCUGGGCCCCCUGCCUCCACGGCCUCUAACUCGCACACAAAUAAAUUUAUUACAAACUC